ACUACAAACGCGCAUUAGUUAAUCAUACGCCAUGGACUGGCCCAUGCGGCAGUGGUCUUACUUUCGCCUGUAUCUACCUUAACUAAUAUAUUUCUGUAAUAACGUCCUUUGUGUUAUACAGUCUUCAAAGCAUCUAUAGUACCUUGUUACGUCAAUGGGGGUAGUCCACGUAAGGUGCUGACCACGAGGUGUGACUUCGACGUUAGUUGGUUCGUCAUACCAUUCACGUCUAACUGGAGUAGGCCUCUAAUCAUUUCGACGUAGAUCAUCUACGUUGGUGAUCUACACUGGUGAGCAAGACUUCGAGUAACGCAACCUAUCACUAUAAUCUUUAUUAUUGUAUUCUAUACUUAUUCUUUUUCAUUUGUAUCAUCGCCUAUGUUAAUCUAUCACUGUGAACUUUCGUUGCUUCAUGUCAAUGUUGAUUAGUAUUUAAACUUAAAUACUUAGUUCAAUCGACAGAACUAACCAAUCAACUACGAUUAUAAUCGGCUAUCGUGGUUCUUUAACAAGCAUUAGCAGCAUGUAAAUGCUCCUGUGUAAUAUGUCUGUUAAAAUAUCAACCACUCGUGAUUAUAGCCACAAGGCAACACGAACGCACAUCUGUUUGUAACUUAUUCACUGGUAUAAAUAAGACAAGAUUAACUAUCGACUAUAAAUUCAUCUUUCUGCUUAACCACUAUCCACUAGAAUGUUUUGCCUUUUUUUACCACUGCCUGCCUAAUUUCCAAUUGCUGAGUUCCAUGGCCAAACAGAGGAUACGAAUGCUAGAAAUUUACGGUGAGUUUGAACUAUAAAUUUCCUGCGAUCUUAGAUCUCGUUUAGACUGUUCGUCAGGUAAUGCUAUGUAUUCGGCUUAAAUUAAUUCUGGACUUAAACCGAUUCAAUCUACAAUGCUGUGUUAAUCGAAAAAUUUAAUCAACAGUACCUCGUACACAAUCCAGAUUCAAACUACUGCCUACUUCAUUACUUAGAGGCAAGAGUAACCCAGCCCACUAACAAGAAAUACGUUAUUGUUAACGCCCUAAAAACAAAACAACUUAUGAUAGCAUCAAAGGACUGGAUAGUUGGCAAUGACCUUUGCGCUUAUCCGAAUGAGAUGGUCGAUAUACACCUUCAGAAGUGCGACCAACCUAAUGACAAUUGGUCACUUAUGAAAUUUAAAGUUAUUCAUGAAUUAGAAUCUCUGCAGUCUGCAAAAGAUCUGUUAGCUUCCCUGCAAAUACUGCAAUCUCAACUUGAAAACACUCCAACGGAUGAAAACACUCUGCCACAUAACACUGAGAAGCCCAAGAGAGCUGCCAUGAAGCGUAAACAAGAAUACGUUUACAAUUCAGUCGACAUGGAUGUUGGUGAAAUGCAGGCUGGCAAUAGUUAUAUUAAAUAUCCCAAAUUCAGGCUGUUUGACAAAUUAGUUUCGCCUAUUGCUAAUUCGACGCAAUUACAGACAUCCCCGUCUACAUCUGCAUCAAAGCGUGUCCAUGGUGCUUCAGCAGACCAGUUAGAUAGCUUGCAUGCAAUGGUGCAAAACAUUUCGUCAACUAUGAAUGACUUCAGUCAAAGGUUGCAGAAUAUGUCAACAGCCAUUUCCGAUUUGAGCAUUAAUGUAAAGCAAUUGCUUUCAAAGUCGAAUGAGCGCGAAAGACCGCAUCACUUCGAUUGCGGACUGUCAAGUCAGCAUUUCCCUUUGUCAUCGGAAGAGGAACUACAGAUGCUGGAUACUGGUUUGUCGCAGAAAGAAACCAGAGACAGAUUUAUGGCAAUGGUCACUAGGUUAUCAAGUGACGAUCCAAAAACGUCGAUGCGGUUUGUUCUGUCGUAUCUGUUGACACCUGAGGUUGCCAGUAAAUUCACGUUACUUGGCACCUCUUCCAAACGAGCACUUCAGAAAUGCACGUUUUACGGCUGCAUACGAAGUGCCUUAACUCAUCGCUUUCUGUCAUCAUCUGUCAACGAAAAAGACCUUGGUAAGCUCUAUGACAUCGCGACACAAGGUUACUUUCACGAUAUCCGAGACAAGAUGAUGAAGCGUAAUAGAAGAAAACAAGACCAGGUAUGUACUAAUUUAAAGUGAUAACCUCCCUACGGCUCUAUAGUUACAGUCAACAAUAUUAACGAACAUAACCAAUUCACAGGACGACUACCUCAAUUCUCAAUAGUCCGUGCAAUUGAUUUGAUGUGUUACCUCGAUUUCAAUAAACAUUCUUUCAAACAGCUUACUCUUUUACUUACGUGGGAAACUGUUGAAGUGUUAAGAAUGUGUGUUUUAGUGUCAUUGAACUUUUGAUUAAGUGCACAUUCCUUAUAAAUAAAUAAAAACCUGUUCCUUUUUUUUCAGAUAAUUUCAAAUAACAAUGAAUUAGCAAUUGCAUUGGAUAUGCAAAACAAUCGAUGCUUAAGCUUCUGCUCUAGUGUUGUACAAUAAUACGCUUUUCCUUUUCAAUAAAAUUUUUAAAAAAUUUACCACUUUUCAACUGCAUGGCAGAUAUAUUUUCGUCUGUGGUUGAAAAUAAAGGCGAACAUAGGAGACGUUUGGGGUUCUGUCGAUGGAUGGAAAAUAGGAGGUAAUGUGUGUAUUUAGGUGAAAAGUAGAAAACUAAGCGCAUAAGUAGG